UAAUCAGUAUCUUAACCAUUUUGAAACAUGUACCUUUUAGCUGUUUAUAAAUUGCUUUAUUCAUUUUACAAGUAAAAAAAUAUUUUUUUGAUAAGAAAAAAAAAAAAUUACUACGAAUGUAUAAUUUUGUGUUUUUUAAUUUUUUUAAUUUUACAAAAUAAUUAUAUUUAAUAAAUUGAUAAAUUUUUUAAUAUAACGAAAUGGUAAAUCAAAGUGAAUUUUGGGCUGAAAUUAGAAAAAAUAAUCCAAAAUAUAAAAAAGCUCCUCGUGUUGUACCGGCAUUUACAAUUCAAGCACUUCAGGAAAAUACUAUUGUUGCUAAACCACCAAGAUGUGGUUUAUACAAACCAGUACCACCAAAACCAUCAAAUUUUCGUAAAUUUUAUGAACGUGGUAUAUUUCCAAUAUCAAUUAAAAGUGAUGAUGCACCAAUAACAUGGAAAGUACCAAUUGAAGAUUUAGAUUUUCAUCAUUAUCUUCCAAUGUUUUUUGAUGGUCUAACUGAAACAGAAUCACCAUAUAAAUAUCUUGUUGAACAGGGUAUAUCUGAUAUGCUUUCACGUGGUGGUCCAAAAAUACUUCCAGUUGUACCACAAUUAAUUAUUCCAAUUAAAAAUGCAUUAAAUACUAAAAUACCAGAAAUUAUUUGUACAACAAUGAGAACACUUCAAAGACUUGUAAAAUCAGCUGAUUGUGUUGGUGAAUCACUUGUUCCUUAUUUUCGUCAAAUUUUACCAAUUUUAAAUUUAUUAAAAAAUAGAAAUGUCAAUUUGGGUGAGGGCAUAGAUUAUUCACAAGUUAAAGGAGAAAAUCCAGCUGAUUUGAUUCAAGACACUCUGGAGGUGUUGGAAAAAUAUGGAGGUGAAGAUGCAUUUAUUAAUAUUAAAUAUAUGGUACCAACUUAUGAAUCUUGCAUGAUGAAUUAAAAAAAUUAAUACAUAAAUAACAUGUAUAUUAAUCAAAAUUAAUUGUUAUUAAAAUAUUUAAUUAA